GCAUCUCAUCGCGAGCAGUCGAGGACCGAUUAAAUCCACCCCACCGAAUUCCCCCACAAAAUUCUCUCCGCCGGCGCCGCCGAAACCCUCGCCCCCGCCCGCCGCCCGCCCGAAAGCCCCACCGCCGGCGAAGCCUAUAAACCCCCAGUCACCUACCCCAGGUGCGUGUUCUCGUCCGCUGCCGAAUUGCAGCCAUGGACGACGGGGACCUCGAUUUCAACCCUGACACGUACCUGUGCUCGGGCGCCGCCGCCGGCGGCACCGAGACCCCGGGCGCCUGCUCCAUGGACAGCUACUUCGACGAGAUCCUCAAGGACACGGAGCACCUCGCCUGCACCCACACGCACACCUGCAACCCGCCCGUCCAUGACCUCUCCCACACCCACACCUGUGUCCACGUCCACACCAAGAUCGUCUCGGCCUCCUCCGACGGCGCCGAGUCCCCCGCCGAGAACACCACCUCGGGAACCUCCAAGAAGCGCCGCCCCUCGGGGAACCGGGCCGCCGUCAGGAAGUACCGGGAGAAGAAGAAGGCCCACACGGCGCUGCUCGAGGAAGAGGUCGUCCAUCUCAAGGCCCUCAACAAGGAGCUCAUGAAGAAGGUUCAGAAUCAUGCGGCGCUUGAGGCCGAGGUCGCCAGGCUUCGCUGCCUGCUCGUUGAUAUUAGAGGCAGGAUUGAAGGGGAGAUCGGCGCUUUCCCUUAUCAGCGGCCCGUGAAGAACGUUGAUUUGGUCUCUGGUGGUGUUGACCUUCUUGGUGGUGGCUCUCAGGUCAUGAAUUCCUGUGAUUUCAGAUGCAACGAUCAGCUGUAUUGCAAUCCGGGAAUGCAGAUGAGGACAGUGGGUGAUGAUGGUGCUAUGAAUGGUCAGGCGUUUGGGCAGGGCACCGGUGAUUUUGUCAAUGUCCAGUGCUUGGGGAGCGCGAAAUCUGGAUCCACAAUUUCCCCAGGCUGUGGGGGUAUGUCUAAUAUGCCUUUUGGCUGUUUGCCGAAUGCAAAGAAGUGAAGGACUUCUGGGGUGCUUAUCUUCUCCGUGGCAGAGACUCCUAGUUCCUGCGUACAAGGAAAGACUGUAUAAAUUGUUAGCUUCUACCUGGUUUCGAAUUGUCGAGUGUUUGGAUGAUGCUUCUGGGGUGCAUGUGGCGCUGCAAGUUUGUUAGCUCUAAAGCUAUCAGGAGAUCGUCCUCUAUUUUUUGUCCCGUUCAGCUAUGUUCUCGGAGUUGACAUCCUCACCAAGUCCCGCAUGCUCUCUUAUAAAGAGUAUCGACUGAUCCGAAUUGGACGGGAAUCAUGAAUAACUAGAAGUUCGUCAUCCAUGUGCUGUGUCAAGACACAUUCAGUUUUGUGUAGAUCUCAAGUUGCCUAUGAACCUUAUAAUAUAAUGUAAACAGUAAACUCAUUCUGGAUGUUGAAUUCUUUCGGGUAGCUGGUGUUAUGCCUGUGUUCUGUCAUUCCUGAGUUCA